UUGCUGCGUUCACCGCAGGAGAAAAGGGGGCGAGAUCCCGGACUCCUCUCUCUCUCUCAUCUGAGCAGCCCCUUCCCUUACCCAACCAUGGCAGGCUCCCCAGUCUGGGUGAACAUACUGAUUCUCUUGUGUUUUCUAUCUUCCACACUAGGGUUGGAAAGGGAAGAGGAGGUCGAUGAAUCUUUAGCCUUCAAUGAAGAGAUCCUCCUGCAGGAUUCUGAGACUGAAACAUGGAACCACAACCAGAACAAGCCCGCUCCCUUCCACCGAUCUAACACAGAUGCUUGGAGGUUGCCUGGCCAGUACAUAGUGGUACUGAAUGAAAAAACUCCUAAAUCUGAGAUGGAACGGACAGUACACAGGCUCCAAACUAAAGCAGCCAAACAUGGCCAUAUGACAGAACUUGUUCUUGUUUUCCAUGAGGUCUUCAGGGGCUUUGUCAUCAAAAUGAGCAUCGAAGUGCUAAACAUGGCACUGAGAUUGCCUCAUAUCAAAUAUAUUGAAGAGGACUCUUCCUUGUUUGCUCAGACAAUUCCCUGGAAUCUAAAUCGGAUUGUUCCUUCAGAGCAGAGAAUGGAUCAGUAUAUCCCUCCAAAUUAUGGUGAUCUGGUGGAAGUGUACUUGCUUGACACUGGUGUGCAGAGCGAUCAUCGAGAGAUUGAAGGGAAAGUCUUCAUUACAGAGUUUGAGAAUGUCCCAGAGGAAGACGGCACUCGAUUCUACCGCCAGGUUAAUAAGUGUGAUAGCCAUGGAACACACACUGCAGGAAUAGUGAGUGGGCGUGACUCUGGGGUAGCAAAAGGAGCAAAUAUCCGUAGCGUGAAAAUUCUCAAUUGUCAGGGUAGGGGGACAGUAAGUGGAGCGCUGGCUGGUUUGGAGUACAUCAGGAACACUCUGAUUCUCCAGCCUUACCGACCUUUGAUUGCACUGUUGCCAUUUGCUGGGGCAUUUAGUCCAACCUUGAAUGCUGCAUGUAGACUGUUGGCACGGACAGGAGUAGCAUUAAUUGCAGCUGCUGGGAACUACAAGGAUGACGCUUGCUUGUACUCCCCUGCUUCUGAACCAGAGGUAAUUACUGUUGGUGCCACCAACUAUAAUGACCAGCCAACCACCACUGGUAACAUGGGAACUAAUUUUGGUCGUUGUGUUGACCUUUUUGCCCCUGGCGAUGACAUCAUUAGUGCUUCCAGUGACUGUGUGACUUGUUUCACCUCCAAGAGUGGAACAUCACAGGCGGCAGCUCACGUGACAGGCAUUGCAGCAAUGUUAAUGAAUGCUGACCCCAAUAUAACUGUGUCUGAAUUACGUCAGAGACUAAUUCAUUAUUCCACAAAGAAUGCAAUCAAUGAUGUGUGGUUUCCAGAGGAACAACGACUCCUCACACCCAACAGAAUUGCACAAUUGGCUUCUCCUGAGCUGACAGGCAAUCAGCUGCUCUGCCGGACAGUAUGGUCGAAGAGGUCAGGGCUUGCACACUCAGCUAAAGCCGUAGUGCAUUGCAAUGAGAAUGAGGAAAUGUUCAGCUGCUCAAGUUUUUCAAAGAAUGGUAAAAGGAGGGGUGAACACAUACAAGAAUCCCAUGGGAUGAGGAAAUGUAUAGCUCAUAAUGCCUUUGGCAGUCAGGGAGUUUACGCAAUCGCUAGGUGCUGCAUCUGGCCAAGAGCUGAAUGUCUUAUUAAUACCAGUUCUGUAGCUGAUGGCGCUAUACAAAUGGCAGGCUGCCUACAUAAGGACUAUGUCCUCACUGGCUGCAGCUCACACUCCCAUACAAAGUAUAGUGAUGCAGCAAUACCUCAAACAAACCAGCAAUGUACAGGACAAACCGGGAUAACCUCACAUGCUACAUGUUGCCAAGCACCAAGUCUCGAGUGUGAGGUGAAGGAACAGAGAUCCACAGGCUUUCCAGAGGUGAUGGUAUCAUGCGAUGAAGGCUGGACACUGACUGGGUGCAAUGCAUAUUCCCAUGGCGCUCUCACUUACGGAGCAUACGCUGUGGACAGCACCUGUACAGUAACCUGUUCAGGAAAAGGAAAAGGUGCUGCAGCUAUCGCCAUUUGCUGCUGCAAACGAAGAAGAGAAUUGAAGCAUGAUGCCCACCUUAAUUACAAGUAACAUUUACAGCUGUCCCGUCCUCACAUUUUCCUUCCUCCUUUCCUGCUGGCACAAACCCUUGCUGAGAUGCCAUUCACUGUCCUGAGAAAGGGCAGCCCUCUAUUACUUUGUUCAAGUAACCAAUCUUGCUACUUGUUAGAUUAGGUGGCAAGUGUUGGUGAGCUCACUAUGUGGAUAGUUGAGUUUAAUCUUAACCUGUUUGUGACAUUUAUAUACUUCAUAGCAUCAUUCAAUGAAUAACAAUCGAAUGUAAGAAACUAACCACUCUCCAUCCAACACCCUCACCCCCUGCCUCACUCACUCUGUAGAAAGCCACAAUGUUAGACAAUCUGUUUGAUUCAACUUUUAGUUUGGGCACUUUUUUUUUCUUUAUUCAAUGCUCCAAAAACAUGACUGCCUAGAAAUUACUUUGUAAAGAGAAAAUGUGAAUAGUGGUGUAAUCUAUGACAGGUCAGUAAGCACAGUGAUCCUGCUCAUUCUAAUUAUUUUUCAGAAAUGAACCUUCAUACUUUGAACUUUAAAGAAUAUUGAACUGAGGAAAAUGCAGCAUGUCAUUCCAGUACUUGAAGCAUUUGUGAACCCACCAUCCACCUUGACUGUGGGUGUAAAAAUAUUUUAUUUUGCAUCUAUUUCCAUCCAAAAUCACCUACUGCAGCUAGCUGUACAAGAUAAUCUCUGCCUAGAAUAAGCAUCACAUAUGUUGGUGUUCAGACUUUGUGAAAUUAAUGGACAAACAAUGGAAGUGAAGAAUGAAACUGUUCUAUAGUCUUAGCAAUAUCUACUUGAUUUGAAUGAUUACCAAUUAAAAUAAUGGGUAUUGGAUAGGUAAAAGUAAGCUUUAUAUUGACAAUUUUCAGUUUAUAGAACAUAGAACAGUACAGCACAGAACAGGCCCUUCAGCCCACAAUGUUGUGCAUGAUCAAAACUGUGGCAGUUUUCCUCAUACUGCCACCUGUAACAGUUUUAAUUGAACUAUUGAGUCUAAGUUGAGACUCUUCAGGUAGAGAUGGGUGGUAUAUAGAGAUGUGCUCCUGAGAUGCUGCUUGGCCUGCUGUGUUCAUCCAGCUUCACACUUUGUUAUCUUGGAUCUGCAGUUCCCAUUAUCUCUGGGUGGUACAAUGGCUUUGCAUCUCAAACUAUUUGUAAUGAAAAGAAGCAUGAUUCCUGGUGAAAUGUGUUAGAAAAAGCAGAGUGAUAGGAAAAUAUCAAAUUCUCUUGUCUAUGUCAUUGGGAAGAAUCAAGACUAGACACUGCAAUGUUCUGUUUUUUUAAAACUGAGGUUUUAGUGAGCAUUUCUGGUAGAGAAAUAAAAUACCAGGAAUCUUUCAUUCCACCACAGUGAAAACUCCAAAUUCAUUGCUUCUAUGAAACUUUAAUUUUUCAAGGAUUUAUUUCCCUCCUUAUUUACAAAUGAUUUACAUUUCUCAGUGCAGAUGGUUGGUUUGCUCCUUUAGUAAUGUUUGGAAAAGGUGCUUGUGAGAAUUUGACUAUUUAUACUAUUUGAAGCACCCAGCACCACUGCAGUUGUGCAUGAUAGUGAGAUACUGCUAGGUUUCUUACUGCUCAGCCAUUGGGUUAAAUGAAAUAUUACAGGUUUAGGAAGAGAGUAUGAAUGCCGAUGUCAUUGCUUCCCCAGCUCAGCAAAGCCAAAGAACGCAUCUGGACAAACAGCCUCACAUACGGAUUUUAAAUAACUAUUAUCUCUCUCCAGGAGUUGGGAUUAUGAGCAGAGGGAUUCCAAUUUUGAUCCCUUGUCAGCCAGUCUUAGCAAGAGUUGGAAUUUGGACAGUGUCAUUUGUUCCAGUCUCAUUGGACAAAAAAAGAGGAAAAUACAACAGUGAGAAGUUUUUGUUGGUAGAACAUUUAAGUGUUCUAAGAUCUUUUCGGCUAAGCAUAAGGAGCUGUGUGUUAAAUUACUGUGUUCACUGUACAUUCAUGCAGGAAAAACAGCAGCUGGGAGAACAUAGUUUCAGGUUAUCAGCAACUCAGAACUGUAUUCCACCUCAGCCUGGUUCAUUGUGUACUUGAUUUCUCCACAAAGAGAAAAAAAAAUCACCCUAAACCAAAACCAGUGACUGCAAGUUUCUGGAGUAGCUGCAUGAGCAAAAGUUGUUUCUUUUUAAAAAAAAACAUUCACAGGAUGUAGGUGUCACUAGCAACACAUUGCUGGAGGCCUGGUAUCACAUCACUCAGCAUCAAAAUAUUCCAUUGUACCACCAGGUUCCAUUUGCUCUAAACAUUUGUAAAUACUUUUGAGGUUGUGUGAUUACACUCUACAUUUUUGUACUGAUUUUUAUAUGCUUGACACAUUUAUUAAUAAAACAAUUCUAAAGUUC